UUAGGAGCCGAAAAUGCAGACAGUAUCGGUGCCGUGCUGAACAGUAAGGAUGACCAGCGGGAGAUCGCUGAGACAAGAGAGACGUGCAGGGCUGCUUAUGAUACUUCUGCACCAAAUGCAAAACGUAAAUACCCAGAUGAGGGAGAAGCUGAUGAGGAAGAGAUUGAAGAAUAUAAGGAUGAAGUAGAGCUGCAGCAAGAUGAAGAGAACCUGCCAUAUGAAGAAGAGAUUUACAAAGAUUCCAGUACCUUUCUUAAGGGUACUCAGAGCUUAAACCCACACAACGAUUACUGCCAGCACUUUGUGGAUACAGGACACAGGCCCCAGAACUUCAUCAGAGAUGUUGGCUUAGCAGAUAGGUUUGAAGAAUACCCAAAACUUAGAGAGCUCAUCAGAUUGAAGGAUGAGCUGAUAUCUAAAUCUAACACUCCUCCCAUGUACUUACAAGCAGAUUUGGAAGCUUUUGAUAUUAGGGAACUGAAGUCCAAAUUUGAUGUGAUUCUUCUGGAACCACCACUGGAAGAAUACUACCGAGAGACUGGCAUUACUGCUAAUGAAAAAUGCUGGACCUGGGAUGAUAUAAUGAAAUUGGAAAUUGAAGAAAUUGCAGCCCCAAGGUCAUUUGUGUUUCUGUGGUGCGGUUCAGGCGAGGGUCUGGAUCUUGGUCGAGUGUGUCUACGCAAAUGGGGCUACAGAAGAUGCGAGGACAUUUGCUGGAUUAAAACAAAUAAGAACAAUCCUGGAAAGACCAAGACUCUUGACCCUAAGGCUGUUUUCCAAAGAACCAAGGAGCACUGCCUCAUGGGCAUUAAGGGAACUGUGCGUCGCAGUACAGAUGGUGACUUCAUCCAUGCUAAUGUUGAUAUUGACCUCAUCAUCACAGAAGAGCCUGAAAUCGGCAACAUAGAAAAACCCGUAGAGAUUUUUCACAUCAUCGAGCAUUUCUGCCUUGGACGACGACGUCUUCAUCUUUUUGGAAGGGACAGUACAAUUCGGCCAGGUUGGCUGACUGUAGGACCCACCCUUACAAACAGCAAUUUCAAUGCAGAAACGUAUUCUUCUUACUUCACCGCUCCAAAUUCCCACCUGACUGGCUGUACGGAAGAGAUUGAGAGACUUCGGCCCAAGUCACCGCCACCCAAGUCCAAGUCUGACCGGGGAGGUGGUGCUCCAAGGGGAGGAGGGAGAGGAGGGACUUCAGCAGGCCGAGGGGAAAGGGGCAGAGAGAGGAACAGAACUAACUUCCGGGGUGAGAGGGGUGGCUUCAGAGGGGGACGGGGAGGUACCCACAGAGGAGGCUUUCCCGCCCGCUGAUCACUGUUAGGUGAUUGCUUCUUCCCCCAGUCCUGUGCCUCACCUCUGAACCUUUUUCUUGGUCUCGUUUUUGCUAAAGUGAAUUAUUCUGGUGACUCAAGCUAGGUGAGUUUAGAGUUGGUUUUGGUGCAAGCAGUUACAGUUAGUCUGCCUUGCAGUGACUGGCCUGG